AAACGAUACUAAAAUAAUAAUAACACUGGUUGUAGAGGCAGUAGCACUACCAUCAACAUUACUAUCAACACCAGCGAGCCAUAAACAAUUGAAAUAUAUAUACAUUUUGAAUAAGGCAAGCAAAAAAAUAUAUUUAAAAAAAACAAAAAAAAACAAUAACAACAACAACAAAAAGCAAAAGCUGUCAGUUGAUACGCUAGGAGAAGGCGACAAAAGCAAUAGUGGAGACAAUAGCGGCUGGCUAGUUUACUAACUGCUCGUACAAUACGUUCGUUCGUUUAUUUGUUUGCUUGGUUGUAUGAAUGGCAAUGACGUUGGAGCAUGCCACACAUACUAAGGCCACAGCCACAACAACAGCAAACGCUACGUACUGCUUCUGCUGCUGCGGCUGUAACGGUGGCGAUGUAUUAAAAAAAACAUACGAAAUUAGUACAAAUCGUGAUUUCAACGGUGAAUGACGGAACGGUACGUAUGUGCGCGCUCAAACCUGUUAAUCAGUCAAGUUGCGGCUGCUGCAAAACCCCAAAAACACCGCCAUAAUCAUUAUCAAUUACCCCCUCCACAAACAACAGUACCAUCACAGAGAAAUAAUAAUCGGUAAGACAACAAAACUUUGUCAAGCAAACCAGUCGAGAUAAGAACAAAUUUGGCCAGAAAGCACAGUUCGGUCGCACUUUAUGAACACAUAUCGACAGGAAAGUACAAAACAUAUACAGUAUAUGUGUAUACAUAACAAAGAACCUGUUUCUUAUGCUUGAACAAAAGGCAAUCCGUGUAAAUCACCUUCUGCUCCCAUUAUUCCUAUAUUAUCCUCUCUACUCCUUUCUUUCUUCCCAUUCGACUGCCUCAAGCUGUCACCACCACUGCUACAAAACUUUGACAGCAGAAGGAGGAGAAAAAGCAAUAUGAGUACUGCUGCGACUGCCAUUGUCUACAAAAACAACAACUGCAAUAACAAUAUCAAUAACACUAAUAUUGACAACAACAAUUCAUUAAACGCAGGCCUAAACGACCUGAGAACUUCCUCUAACCAAUCAAAUGGAGGAGGCGAUCGGGUUGAAUGGUCACGUGCCACAAUACUUGGUUUUAUUGAAGAUUAUCGACGGCAACGUGUACUUUGGGAUCCCAAUACAAAGGGUUACCAUAUCAAACAAACAAAAUAUGAGGCACUUAAAGCCUUGGGCCAGAAAUAUGGCGCGGAAAUACGUUCCAUACGCUCAAAAAUUAAGAGUCUUCGUUCCUCAUUUCAUCGUGAACAUGGUAAGGUGAUCAACGGGCGCCGAAAAGGGCUAAACUAUCAGCCAAUGUGGUUCGCUUACAAUGCCAUACGUUUUAUAUUAGAUGGCGAAUCGGCAGAUUUCGAUGAAGCUGAGCCCGUUAAGCAUAACGAUGUAACAGACAGGGAACUAUCGCUACAGACAUCAUCUACAACUGCUAUUGAGGCAGCUGGUUGGGGGAGUCUUAGUGGCGAUAGUGAUAUGUUACAAGAACGAAAACUUUCUAGUCGUGAUAUCGAGCAGUUUAAUAAUCAUUUUCUGGCCCUGGGGUUGCAAGCUCGUCAUCCCAUGGUGAUGAUGGCUGCGGCAGCUGAAGCUGUCGUCGCUGCAGCAGCUCAAGGCAUACGUCAAGAACAACUCGAUCAAACACGUAAGCAACAACAACAGCAACACGAUUCUAAACAAUUAGAUUCUUCCCAACUUAAAGCCUUAGAGUUGACUAUGAUUAGCUCUACCUCGCCCCCCUCGCUCUCAUCGCCUAAGUCUAUUGUAAAAUCAUUGAACAGCAAUACAAAACCUUUAUCGCUAAUGCAAGGCAAUAUUGUCGCAACCACAUCAUCGUCACCACCUCCAUCUACUACAACUACGUGUUCUCCAGAAAAUUUUCAUGUUUUACAUGGAGCACGUAGUUCAGAUGAUAGUUUGGCUGUUGCGUCAGCAGCUGCAGUUUCUGCUGCCGCGGUCGCUGCUGCCGCCGCUUCUCUACCACCGAGCCUCACGAUAACGUCUGUGGCACGAGCAGCAAACGAUUUUGAUGGCGACGAUUAUUGCAACAUAAGUGCGGAUGAUGUGAAAACCGAAAUUAUUGAAAGUGACACAACUGAACUGGCUAUGCUUGAACACACAAACACUUCCAAUUCCGUACCAUUAAAUUAUCAUAGAAAUGCCACUGAUCCAAGUGUAAACUUUGCAAAUGGCAGUGGGCGUAAACGUAAAGCACAAACAUUUUCAACUUCCACGCAGGCCAUUGAAAAGGGACCAUCGCCAUCGAAACUGCUUAAUCAACAACAGCAGCAGGAACAGCAACAGCAACAGCAACAACAGCAACAACAACAACAACAACAUUCCCAUGCCACACACUCCAGACAAUGUGAUUAUUUGAAUAGCAUCGCGACAGAAUGUUCUUUUUCCAAGCAACCGGUAAACAGCAGCAGCAAUAACCACAACAACAAUAACAGAAGCAACAACAUUGACGAGUAUGGAGUUUUUGGUGAAUAUGUAGCCAUAACCAUUAGAAAAUUGAAAGCGUCUAAGGCGAAAAUUGUGGUAAAACAUUUAAUAAACAAUUUACUAUACGAGGCUGAGCUAGGCAAGUACGAUCAUGGUAUACCAGCAUGCAAAGAACCCCCAGAAUUAUAUAAAAUGUAACCUUAAUCAGAAAAUAGGAAAUGCUAUCGAGACAAAGAAAAAACCAACAAAAAAAGGAAAAGAAAGAAGAAGAUAAUAAGCAAUAUGUUAAAAAUGUUACCUUGAACACUAGUCAAUUUGUGUUUCAAAUCCACAAUCAGGGAAGUAAUCAGCAAAGAAAUCUUAAACUUAAGUAAAUCCAAUACGAAUAACACGAUGAAAUAACAGCAAUGUUUCAUCAUACUAUCAAAAAAAACAAAACAAAAAAAAA